GAAACGUCAGGCCUCGCGCUGAACCAAAGCGCCUCAACAGCAGCUGCGCAACGGUAGAAAGUACUUCCGGCGGGUCAGCGUCGCCUCUUAAAAAAGUUACUAUUUCCCCGCAGACUUUUCCUCAAACCUAAAAUACCAGUCUAUCUACCGAGCGGAAAGACAGCGUCCGGCAGAAUGCUUUAACGCAGACAGCCCUCGGCAAAAAGCAGUUUGUAAUCCAACGGACUUGUGUGCAGCGCGCCGGAGUGUGCUCGAGCGAGAGGAAGCAGUAUUCAACCAUCUUUCCUCUGCUGGCAAUAACAAGAACAGAGAAGGGUCCAAGUGGGGCUGCACUUCUCAGUUUAUCCUCUUUUUCAUACUCGGAGCCGCGAGGUUGCACUUUCCCCAACCGAGACCGAGGAAUAGAAAGCGUCCACACCCGGGAUCGUAGUAUUAGUAGAUUAGCGAUUUGAUUUGGUAUUUCUUUUUUAAUGUUUCCAACAGGUUUACCUUCCCCUAAUCCCCCACCGCCAGCCCAAGAGCCCAGACCGGCAGCUUCUGAUGUUCACAACGACAGUAACGUUAGCUUAACGUCUUCUAAGAAGAGGAAAAUUAACAGUUCCGAGAAGGAAGACAUUGAUUCAAUAUCUUCGUCUCCUAAAGCCAUUUGUAAUUCCUCCUCCACAACGUCCAGCUCUUCCAGUACACAGCAGCAGCAGCACAUCCAGAAGAAGUUGAGGUUCGAGGACCCGCUGGAUUUGAUCGGACUGGAUGUGAAGAUGGCCGAGGAGUCGUGUAACCCUGCAGAGUCGUGCUCCAAGGCGAGAAAUGUGUUCCUGCCCGGAGGUGUUGGGCAUCAUGCUAACGGACUGACCAAGUCUGCGGGCUCCGCCACCUUCUCCAACAGCAAACCCGGUGCUGCGAAGAAACUUGUUAUCAAGAACUUUAAAGAAAAGCCCAAAUUACCGGAGAAUUACACGAAUGAGACCUGGCAGAAGCUGAAGGAGGCAGUAGAGGCCAUACAGAACAGCACUUCAAUAAAGUACAAUCUAGAAGAGCUCUAUCAGGCUGUUGAAAACUUGUGCUCCCAUAAGAUAUCUGCCAAGCUCUAUAAACAGCUCAGAGUGGUCUGUGAAGACCAUAUCAAGGCACAGAUUGACCAGUUCAGAGAGGAUGCCUUAGACAGUGUUCUGUUCCUCAAGAAAAUAGACAAAUGUUGGCAAGAUCACUGCAGACAAAUGAUCAUGAUUAGGAGUAUAUUUUUGUUUUUGGAUCGCACAUAUGUUUUACAAAAUUCAAUGCUGCCAUCAAUCUGGGACAUGGGCUUGGAGUUGUUUCGUUUCUAUAUCAUCAGCGACCUGAAGGUGCAGAGUAAGACAAUCGAUGGGAUUCUUCUGCUUAUUGAGAGAGAGCGGAGUGGAGAAGCCGUAGACCGCAGUCUCCUGAGGAGUCUUCUGAGCAUGCUCUCAGAUCUGCAGAUUUAUCAGGAUUCAUUUGAGCAGCGGUUUCUGGAGGAGACAAAUCGACUGUAUGCUGCAGAGGGCCAGAGGCUCAUGCAGGAAAGAGAGGUGCCAGCGUAUCUCCAUCAUGUCAACAAACGUCUGGAAGAGGAGGCAGAUAGAGUCAUUACAUACUUAGACCAGAGCACACAAAAACCCCUCAUUGCCACAGUGGAAAAGCAACUGCUUGGAGAACACCUCACUGCAAUACUUCAGAAAGGUUUGAAUAACCUGCUGGAUGAGAACCGUAUUCAGGAUCUGGCUCUACUGUACCAGCUCUUCAGUCGUGUGAGGGGAGGCGUGCAGGUGCUUCUGCAGCACUGGAUCGAGUACAUCAAGGCCUUUGGAAGCACAAUUGUCAUCAACCCAGAGAAAGACAAGACAAUGGUUCAGGAGCUUUUGGAUUUCAAGGAUAAAGUCGAUCACAUCAUUGAUGUAUGUUUCAUGAAGAAUGAGAAGUUUGUAAAUGGCAUGAAGGAGGCCUUUGAGACGUUUAUCAAUAAACGGCCGAACAAACCUGCGGAGCUCAUAGCAAAAUAUGUGGAUUCAAAGCUCCGUGCUGGGAACAAAGAAGCGACAGAUGAGGAACUCGAGAAAAUGUUGGACAAGAUAAUGAUCAUAUUCAGGUUCAUUUAUGGCAAAGAUGUUUUUGAGGCCUUCUACAAGAAAGACUUGGCUAAGAGGUUACUAGUGGGAAAGAGUGCCUCUGUAGAUGCAGAGAAAUCAAUGCUGUCAAAACUGAAGCAUGAAUGUGGAGCUGCAUUUACCAGUAAGCUGGAAGGAAUGUUCAAAGACAUGGAACUCUCAAAAGAUAUUAUGGUGCAGUUCAAACAACACAUUCAAUGCCAAAAUAUUCCUGGGAACAUUGAGUUGACGGUGAACAUCCUCACUAUGGGUUAUUGGCCAACAUACGUCCCCAUGGAAGUACAUCUGCCUCCAGAGAUGGUAAGAUUGCAAGAGAUUUUCAAAACGUUUUACCUGGGCAAACACAGUGGACGGAAACUACAGUGGCAAUCGACAUUAGGACAUUGCGUUUUAAAGGCAGAAUUCAAAGAGGGCAAAAAAGAGCUGCAGGUUUCCCUGUUUCAGACGUUAGUUCUGCUGAUGUUUAAUGAAGGGGAGGAGUUCUCUCUGGAGGAUAUUAAAUUGGCUACAGGCAUUGGUAUGGAUACUUGUGACAAGCAAACCCUGCUGAUCUGA